ACUGCUCCAGGAAAGCACAUCAAUAUGUGCCAUUGCCAGGAGGCUUGCUGUGUCUCCCAGCACAGUCUCAAGAGCAUGGAGAUUUCAGGAGACAGGCAGUUACUCUAGGAGACCUGGAAAGGAGCGUAGAAGGUCCUUAACCCAUCAGCAGGACCGUAUCUGAUCAUCUGUGCAAAGAGGAACAGGAUGAGCACUGCCAGAGCUACAGCAUGACCUCCAGCAGGCCACUGGUGUGAAUGUCUCUGAGCAAACAAUUAAACUGAUUCAUGAGGCUGGCCUGAGGGCCCAACGUCCUCCAUGGAGCCGACUGGUGUUUGCCUUAGAAUACCAGAAUUGGCAGGUCCAUCACUGACCCCUGUGCUUUUCACAGAUGAGAGCAGGUUCACCCUGAGUGUGAGAAAGAUGUGAAAGGGUCUGGAGAAGCUGUGGAGAACGCUAUUCUGCCUGUAGUUCAGCAUGACUGGUUUGGUGGUGGGUCAAGGAGGUCUGGGGAGGCAUAUCCAUGGAGGGGCACACAGACCUCUUCAGGCUAGAUAGCAGCACCCUGACAGCCGUUAGUUAUCAGGAUAAAGUCCUUGGAUUGUCAGACCCUAUGUUGGUGCAGUGUUCCUGUGGGUUCCUCGUGGUGUUUGACAAUGUGUUGAGAAAAUGCAGACAGUUCCUUCUCCAGAUCCCUCCAGAGAAGAUCCCACAGCACACCAUCCAUCGUCUGAUUAAGAGCAUGUCCAGACAUGAAUACAAGCACGUGGGAUUAGAAGCCAAAACUGUGCCCACAGAGUCUUUCUCCUCUCUCCUGCCAAAGGCUAUCUCUGCUGUGCUGCACCCAGCUCCGCCCGCAGGCAUCAACUCACACUCACAGCCCAGCAGAAAUCCAGAAGGGCACGCCUCGGCAAACCUGGAACAACUGCAGACAGAGCUGAGAGACCUGAAGGGCCAGUUUGAACAGAUGAAGACUCAGCACAACAAAGAAAUCAAACUGCUGAUGAAUGAGCUGGAUGAGGAGAAAAGGAUUCGCUUAACGUUACAGAUGGAAAUUCAGCGAAUGAAGAAGCACAUGUCUAAAUGAGCAAAGAAGACUAUUCUUUCAUCAGAUUUCUGAUUUACCGUUUCUUUUCGGACUGCUGAGUGGGCUGACCCAGAGGGCUUAAUAUUUUUACUGAGUCACUGGUGGAAGUGCAAAGAUGGAAGCAGACAUGAAGACGGAGGCUGUAGCAAACUGUCCUUUCCCUCUGGAGACGACCGGCGCAGUCACACAUCAAACGUCUUGUUUUUGUCUCAUCACGUCACCAAAGGCAUUCAUAAACGUUCUUGUUGGGGAACUGUAAUCUCACAUGUUUUGAGUUUUCCACGAGAUUUCACUUAUCACCGUCCAUUAAGACAAUGAUUGGUGGUAAUAUGUACUACGGCAUAAUUGAACUGUUUUUUUUAUCCAUUGUGACAGUGACUCCAAGAGAGAGGAGGAUGAGAAAUGACAAGCAGCAGUUCAUUUACAGAGACUAAAGGGUUUGUUUAUAAUAAUGUAAUAUGGAUGAGCACACAGAUUUUAGGCUUGUAAAAAGAAAAAAAAAAUCGCACUUGUUUUCUUUCUGAUUGCACAAAGAAUGUAAAUUUACUGGGUGCUGAUGUGCACUGUGUGUUUAUUAAAAAUAAAUAUAGUUACUGCUGAUAUAUGUAUGUUAAAAAUUUAUAUUGGCAUAAAAAAGGAAACGGGAACAAAAGCAAAGACAAGCAACAACAAAACAAAAACAAAGGCCAGCGCCUGAAGUAAAUAAAAUCCAUCAGUCGUACCUUAUGUGUUCUACAGGGGCUGUCAACGUUAACACGUUAACGCGGGUUAAUCUGUCAUCACGAUUAAAAAUUUUAACGCAAUUCACCCAUCUGGAGCGCAGAAUGACUCUGUCAACGCAUUUCGGGCAGUUUGUCCAAAGUUUGUCCAUUCUGAGCUGCAGAUGGGUGAAAUGCGUUAAAAAAAAUUUAAUCGCGUUAAUCUUGAUGGCGCGUUAACGUUGACAGCUCUACUUUUCUAUCAAAAAAGGUAAAUAUGUUAGUAUUUUUUCACUCUUUAUUUAUGUUAGACAUUUGACUCAUUUGUGACAGAUAAUCUGUCUAAUUCACAUUACUGGUCUAUCCAUCCAUCUUCCACUUAUCCAGUUCAGAGGUGCAGGGGGCCUAUCCCAGCUGUAGGGUACACCCUGGACAAAUCACCAGUCUAUCGCAUUAACAACGGGGACGGACAACCGUCCACGCUCAAAGUUACACCGACA